GUUACCAGUUUGCAAGAUUUGGAUUUUGGACAGUUUAUUACUUGGUGCCUAAAUCACAAAGCUUUACAUCUCUCCAUUUUCUCAUUUUCCACAACUAGCAGAUUCUUAUAUAAACCGAUACAGACAGUGAAAGAGGAAGGAGAGGAGAUAAGAGUAUAUUUGUAUUUCUUUCAUGUGUGUUUGGAGUUAGUAGUAGUAUUGGAGGCAGCUGAUAAUUAUGGAAAGGUACGAGGUUUUGAAGGUCAUAGGGUCUGGGAACUUUGGUGUGGCCAAGCUUGUGAAAGAUAGAUUCACUGGUGAACUUCAUGCUGUCAAGUAUAUUGAGAGAGGGCAGAAGAUUGAUGAACAUGUGCAGAGGGAAAUCAUGAACCAUAGGUCUUUGAAGCACCCCAAUAUAAUUAGAUUCAAGGAGGUAAUAUAUUAA